CAGGCUGGGACCAUCAAUUUUGGGAGUCUGUCAAGACGAUCCGAGGCCAGAAUGCCAUGACGUUAAUCGUUACGCCACUGGAGUGGCAAGAAGACUUACCAAUGGAACUUCAGCGCUUGCUACGCACGUUUCGGUCACAAGCGCCCUCUGCUCAUACUUUCAAUUGUUGCACGCUUGACGCUCCUCGGCCGUGGCAGGAUUUAGUGACUGAACAGUGCAGUGUCAAGGUAGUUUAAUUCACUUCUGAAGACAGUCCUCGACCCACGAUGUCGAGUAAUCAACUAAGCAACAUCGCCCUGUCGGGGCCGUGCGACGUGUGCGGCAAGGACGGCAGGCCGUGCGCGCGCUGCCGCCUCAACUACUACUGCGGCAAGGAGCACCAGAAGGUGCACUGGCCGGUGCACAAGCUGGGCUGCGGCGUCGUGGAGAUCCGAGGAGACCUGCUGGCCGCCUCCAAGAACAUCCCCGCCGGCACCGUCGUCCUCAGGGAGCUGCCCACGCUCCGGUACCCUGGCCAAAACGAGCAAUUCAAGCUCUUGUGUGUGGAGUGUGGCGUCGACAUGAGCCAUCUGAACCCGCCACCGCAGUGCUCCAAGUGCGGGCUGCCUGCGUGCGGCCGGCAGUGCAGCGAGUCCUGGGACCAUCAGGCGGAGUGCCGGGAGUUCCAGCGCGCCAAGUACAAGGUGCCCGUGGCUGCACUUGCCACGAAGUUUCUAUUUCCGCGUGCUGUGGCAAUUUUGCGAACCACGCUGGCUAUUCCCGACAACCCACUGCUGCAGCAUCUGCAGCGUAAAUUGGGGUCUCUAAAUACGCCCUUCAAGGCUGCAAUGAACAUCGAAUGUAACUUCGUGCUGCAGUAUCUGCGCCGGACUGUCGGCGUCCGUCUGUCGGAAGCAGACUUGCGGAUGGGCGCUCUGAUCACCUCCUUGUACUCGGCAGACAUGCAGGGCGUGACCGGACGGACACAGAUAUCGCAGACUUACUUUUCAGGCCUGUACGUUGGGAUGUCCCUCAGGAAACACAGCUGUUUUCCCAACACCGGUGAAAAAUUGUUGAGCCCGGAGACGUAUGAGUACGUCGUAGUUACAACGAGGGACGUUGUUGCUGGGGAACAUCUCACCGAUCCAGUUCGGUUCUGUGAAUGGUAUGACGAGACACUGCAGCGCCGUCGGGUUGUUGCCGGUCAGUGGGGCCUCGACUGUGACUGCGUGCGUUGCCGUGAUCCUACAGAACUCGGCAUGUACGUGGGGUCUCCCUGCUGCGCCAACUGCUCAGGAAACGGGAAGAAGUGUUUGGUGGUGCCUGACGAUGACAAGCACCGUCGCUGGUCCUGCACCGGUUGCGGUGCCCAGAUGACGGUGGCCCAGGUCGAAGCAGUCUCCCAAGGGGCAAGGAAUCGGCUGGAGCAGCUCAUGCAGAAGGAUUCGUCGCCAGACUCUUUGCUGAGUUUCGUGGCGGAGCAGUUGUACCCUCGCGGCCCGCUGCACCCCACUCACGCAGUGGUGUUGCGUGCGCGUGAGUACAUCAGGGAAAGCUUCAAGCGAAGAGGCAGAGCUAACCAGCGUGACAUGGAACGUUGGGAGGAGGUGACGCGCGCCCAACUGCAAGCUCUGGACCGGCUGAUGCCCGGCACGAACAGGCACCGCGUCACUACACUGGUGGAGCUGCGCUGGCUAGUGCUUUCUCGUUUGCGGACGGCUGAGAAGAACUUGGCGUCCCAGCACUCUGAGGAUCUGGUUCGUUACGUCACCACGUGGAAGGAUGGAGUGCGCGAACUGAACAAGGCGAUUGGUGACGUCCUCUUCUCCAAAAGAGACAAGGAUUCGUUGGCAAAAGAUCCUUUCGGAGAUUUUAUUCUGAAUAAGCGUGUCUAGCUGUUUUACUCAACAGUGUUAUUUUUAGUGAUUCCUUUUUUAUUAUUCUAGUUCUGUGUUUGAGAACAGAGGAGCAUUCACAGAGCAGUGAAUAUUUCGAACAACCUUUUCUGUCAUUUGUGUUUCUUUUAAUAAAGCGACUACGUUACAAGUCACA